ACUACUACCCGGUCCGUCCGAUACACAUCGGAAGCAGAAAGAGAAGCAGCCGGCGAUUCAGAGCAGCAAGAGGCAAUAUUCAUCCUCCAGCCGACCUCAACUACACGUACCGACGCUCCUCGCCAAUCCCAUCUUCCCAACCACCACCAUGCCCUCCUUCGACUCCGCCAAAGCGUACGCGGCACAAGAGACCACCUUCUUCGACGACGGCCGUGAAAUCGAACUCCUGCACUACAUCUACUCCCGCUCCGAUGUCGAGUCCUCCCUCCGCAACAACCCCACCGCCAUCCUCGCCGCGAUCGACGAGUUCGCCCGCACAAAAAAGUACCUCAUGAACGUUGGCGAGGACAAAGGGAAGAUUGUAACGGAUUUGAUCGCAGAGGUCAAGCCCAAAGUCAUGGUCGAACUAGGCGGCUACAUCGGCUACUCCACCCUCCUCUUCGCCUCCACGGUCAAGAACAACGGCGGAACCCACUACUUCUCCCUCGAACGCAACCCCGAAUUCGGCGCCGUGAUCGGCUCCCUCAUCGCCCUCGCCGGCCUCUCCUCCUUCGUAACCAUCUCCAUCGGCUCCUCCGACGCCUCGCUCGCCCGUCUACACAAGUCCGGCGACCUCUCCAAAAUCGACAUGAUGUUCCUCGACCACUACAAGCCCGCGUACACCUCCGACCUCAAGCUGUGUGAGGAAUUGGGUCUCGUCGGUGUGGGAAGCGUGCUGGCGGCGGAUAAUGUGGUGAAGCCGGGAAAUCCGCCGUAUCUGGAGUAUGUGAGGAGUUCGGUGGCGGAGAAGAAGAAGAAGGCUGCUCAGGAGGCGAGUGAGGAUGGGAAGGAUGGUAAGGCGCCGGAUGAGAGAUUUGCGGACCGCGCGGCGAAGCAGUAUGCCAAUCGAGUCGCGGAGGAGAAGGUCGGUGUGAGUAAGGGACGGCCGGAGUUGGUGUAUGAGAGUCGGUUGGUGGAGAGCUUUGAGCCGACGGGAGAGCCGGUGAGUUAUAUUCUUUUAUUCUCAGAUUCAUUGAGGCCUUGA